AUGCGGGUUAUUGAUGCAACUUCGCUCGGCUGGGGCACCAGAGUGAAAGGCUUCGUUGCUUGUUUUGCAAUAGGAUGCCUGUGCUCACUCUUGGGUAGUUGUCUGCUAUGGGUACCAAAGAAAGGGCUGUUGAUCUUUGCAGUGUUUUAUACACUGGGGAAUAUUGCAUCUAUUGGAAGCACUCUCUUUCUUAUGGGACCAAUGAAACAAUUGAAAAGGAUGUUUGAGCCUUCGCGUUUGAUUGCUACUAUUGUUAUGUUAUUGUGUCUCAUACUAACACUGUGUUCUGCUUUCUGGUGGCAUAAGAAAGGACUCGCACUCCUUUUCUGCAUCUUACAGUUUUUUGCCUUGGCGUGGUACAGCAUUUCCUUCAUACCAUUUGCAAGGGAUGCUGUGAAGAAAUGUGUUUCGGUCUGCCUGACUUAACAGGAAUACUGGAUGUUUCACAAAGUUCUAGGAAGUAUAGAAGAACUGUGUUAAGAUCACUGUGUAUGUAUUUUCCUACUUCUGUCUUAAACAUGUGCCUUUCAGCUUCUUAGAAACUCCUUGUUAAAUCCAGUGUGUGCAAUUGCUUGGUUUUGUAAGCAAUGGUGUCUGUAGGACAGGGUGCUCGUGAUCAAAUGAAGUUCAGUCUGGCAGAAAAACGGGGCAGAGAUCCAGAAUUUGGUAUGAUAAUUCUUAUGUAAAAUCAUGUCUCUGGUUUUGAAAAAGUAUCGAAGUAAUAUGUGAAGUCUAUAAAAUGCCCCGCCUUGACUCUGAUGAGACUACGCCAGUCUAGAGGAUUUCUUUUUCAAUAAGUCUUGACAAAUUGGGUUUUGGUUUUUUAAAAUAGCCUUAGUCUUUUCACUGUUUGCCUUGGAUAAUGGAAUAUUGGUACUCUUUAUCUUCCUACCUCUCUUGCAAAAUUUUAGUUUUAUGAGACUUCUAAAAGAUUUCAAUCUAAAUGAAAAGACUGUUUUGGAGUAAGUAUGAAGCGUUUGUCUCUUUAAUUUUCAGUUUAGAGUGAUGUUGUUUCCUUAAAAUACAUGAAAGGGAGAUUUUUGUCUGUAAAAACAUGUUCCUGUAGGAAAAGCACUUGCAAAAUAAGGUUAAUAGAAUUUUUCAGCUGCCAGGAACCCGAGUUCUUUGCCUUGCCUACAGCUAAUGGCAAUACAUACAAGGUAGGAAACUGAAAUUUUUCGUAUGAAGCAAGUUGCUUCUCUUCUCCCCCAGCUGUAGCAUAGGAGCGGUGCAAAGCUGAGGGCCUGACAGGUAAGCAAAUAGAGAAUUUAUGUACUUUCUCAAAGGACAGACUUUUGAUAAGGUGGAAGUGGGCUAUUGUUUAAGCGGUCUGGGCCAGAGAGGAGACAUUUUCUUCUGAAAUUUGUAAAUAAGUUAAAACUCCAACGUUUCUUUUUUUUUUUUUUCUAAGUGGGAUCAGUUUUGUUUCUCCUAAAGCUCUCACAUACACUAGUGAACUUCUGUUUUGAGAAGAAAGUACAAUUUUUCUAUUGUAUGUUGUAGCAAAGAAAGCGUGUAACAAUUGAGCUGCUAGCUCCAAACAAACUGGUAUCCAAAUUCCAAAGCCGCUCUACAUUCCCUUUAUUUUCUGAGCUAUGUAUAAUCAUUUACUCCCAGGCAGUGGUCAGUUGUUUAGUAUCUGAGCACAGAUUGCUGCUUCUGCUGUGUGGAAUAGUGUUUAACUACUUUCACUUUUCUGCUGGAGUCAGUGUCUAUGAAGAUGAUUAUCCAGUGGACUUUAGCAUGAACGGAAGCCUCUUUUCCUCCGUCUAUCAAGAGUUUAGUCAUUUAACAACACUGUGUUUGCAUGGCAAGUGCAUCCCUGACUUGUACCACACUUUUAAUGUAGUGAAAACUAGAUCUCCUGGGCGAUGAAGUAUAAGCCCACAGUGAAGCCAAAUAAGUCUGUGCCUUCCAGAAAGCUACUAGAAACUGAGUAAAUUCAGAAGGAUACUUAAAUUUAAGAUUUUGACAAUUUAUAAAGCAGUACCAUCCUGCUCUUAGGGUCCGCUAAAAAAGUAUUCCCAUUUGAGGGUGGUAGGAAAGGGGAAUUUUGACAGGCUUUCUGUGGAUUUCAGCUGGUUAGAGUUACUCUUACAAAGGUGUUUGACUGGAGAAUGCGACCUUGAGAACAUGGUGCUGAUGGUGGGGUGAAUCCAUCACACAGGGUGAUGUUCAAGUGCUGUGUCCUGGUGCUUCUUCCCCCCCCCGCCCAGCCUCUUUAGGAUUUGGGAGUUAGUGUUGAAAUAAGUAGCACGACUAUUACUUUUCCUGAAAGGAAGAAUUGCUUAAGUGCCCAAGAGAGACUGGGAGUUAGAGAAUAGUGCUGCUUCUUUUCCCUGACUGAUCUAAGACAAGUAUCUAAACUGAUGUGUGUCUUUUUUAAAAGGGAGUAGAUUCAAAACCUAAUUUACAUCUGUCAGAAGACCUGUUUUAGUCUUUUAGGACUUUGGUAAUGUUUACAGAAUUUCUUUGUAUAAGGGCAACUGAAAAGCAACCUUAAUGCUUUUUGCAUUCCAACAUUUCUUUAUGUUUAACAUCUCUGGGUGUUCCUGGAAAACACUAUAAUUAUUUCUCUUUCCCCUCUAUGGGAAAGUUACGUUACCUCAGAUCAUCAUUCCAGGCUCAUCAGCAGUCAGCAUAAUGGAAUUUGGCUUCUGGGAUUCUUUUUUUGAAUACUUCAGAUUAGAGUGUUAUUCCUUGACUAGCUUGUGCUGGGCUGUGGUACCCUGACUCUAGCAGUUCCUUUGGAGGAACGCUAGAACUGGGUAUGCUGAACAGCAGUGUUUCAGCUUGCACACUAGCUAACUGGAACCUUUUAGCUGACUGUUGCGAGCAUAACCACUUAAAAGUAGGAAAUUCAGGAAACUACCGAUAGAUAACAGGUAAACUUCAAUGGAUUUUUUUUUUCUUUCCCACCUCCUAUCCUUUUCAAAACUAAUUGCAGCUCCACAGCCUUUUACUCAGUAAAAGAGAAGAACAAAUCCUAGUUUGACUGCAUAGCACAUGAGGCUAAGCAAUUGUGCCCUUAAAGGAAGGGAGCCCAAGGAGAGCUGGCAAAGACAUAAACAUCACUAGAGUGCCACCAGGGCUUAUGUUGCCCUUUGAUGUUGUGUUCUGUUCCUGUGAAGGUCAGAGAGACUCGCCAUAUUCUUGUCAAUAUGUGAAACAUACUCAGGGUUUAUCACUUCAUCUACAAGCAGUUUUGCUUUAAAAUAACUCUUCUUUAUCAGAACAAAGCUCUUCAGAUUCUUACUCACUUUUAAGUAGUUGUGUUCAGGCUAUUGUGAAGUUUACCAGCAAAAGAUUUUUCCACUUUGUUGAAAUACUUCAUAUGAUUUUACAUAAUCGGGGAGUAAACUAGUACAUGAACAUUCCCUCUUGACCAGUUUAAGUCUGAAUGAGAUUAUACCGUUAUUCCAUUUUUUUUCUUCUGUUAUUGAAAGUACUUUGUGUUAAGUUUUGAUAUCAUUAGCUUUGGUGACCGGCUUGGCAGGAAGCGUGGUGGGUAUUUCUGAAGCCCUCUUUCUAUCUUACUGUCCUUCAAGGCAGGAAUGUUUGUUGUGUGCACUCUACUGCAGAUAGAGACGUUUGUGCUCUAAAUCACAAAGCUCCUUCCUUCCCAAAGUCCUCUCUCAGUUGCCUACAGCACUUAACUCAAGGCUGACUUUUCCUUAAGAAACUUGUAUGAUGUUAAAUGUCCAUCUCGGUAGGAUUUGAUGUUCUACCAGAAAGUACCUUUUUUGCCCAGCCUCGCUGUUGGUCGACUUGUCUAUCCACUUUUUUCACUUAUUGCAGCACAGCUAACAACCUUAACCAGGCAGCCUCAGCACACAGUUCUAGCAUGCAGUGUGCACAUCUGGGAUCAUCUGACUUUCCAGAUAUAGCAGAAAUGGAAAUGGAGAGGGCAGUAGUCCUCUGUUUCCAAAGUACUGAGAUUAAAUCAAUCCAAAUGCAAGAUUUUUUUUUUUCAGUACUUAAAAGUUUUACUCCAUUUUAUGUGAAGUCUGUUGUGAAUAGUGAUACUAUCAGAGAUGAUUCUACAGUGAUGAUGUGAACAAUUCUGUCUUGUUUACAGUAAUAAGAUUUUUUGUGAGCUGUUACAAAAAACAAGGAAGAAAUUUCUCCACCAAGUUGAAAUGCUUUUAAGAAAUCAUGGUUUUAAGGACAAAGAAAAAAGAGUGUUAGGCUUUAUGUGUGGAUACUUACUACACAAGUUGAGAGGAUGGUGGAGACUGCUCAGGCAGAGCCACAGGCUGGAGUCGAUCCUACCUUGUGGAUAGAUGGCAGCUGGCACAACUCCUGCUCUGGGAACUGCCUCAUGGAGUGGUGUGGGCAGUUGAAGCUCAUCCCCUUUUGCUGUGUGCUAAGAGAUUGAAAGACCCUCUGAGUUUCUGAGAACAGUUCUUGCUUAGUUUUGGUACUUAAUCGUGUUAAUGAAGGUAACAUCACUGUUGCUACUGUAGACCCUCAAAACUGAGGAUGAUGACGUUUAAACACACAUUUGUCUUAAAUACUGUUGUUUACACCAUAGCAAAUACCACGUAGGACAGAAAGCACAGAAAUAGUAUAUUUUCUUAAAACAAUGUGCCUCACUGUAAUAUGACAACACUAAUUUUUUUUUAACAGCCGUGGAAUUGUUUUGUAAAAUAAAAAACAAACUCU